UCACUAGUCAGCCAAUGAGAAAAUACACGAUUAUUCAUUCGUGAACAGCUUUAUAAAUUGGUGUUUUCUUUCAAGCUGAAAAACACAUCCGAUUUGAACAUCUAACAGCUAGGAGAUCAUAUUGAAGAAUGUACGUGGCGGCGGUGUUCACGUUGUGCCUCAGCGCCGUUUUGGCCGCACCGAGCUUCGACCGGGAGCUUGAUGAUCACUGGAACCACUGGAAGUCUUUCCACACCAAAAAAUACCACGAGAAAGAAGAGGGAUGGAGGCGAGUGGUGUGGGAGAAGAACUUGAGGAAGAUUGAGAUGCACAACCUUGAGCACUCCAUGGGCGCACAUUCUUACCGCCUGGGCAUGAAUCAUUUUGGGGACAUGACACAUGAGGAGUUCAGGCAGGUCAUGAAUGGCUACAAACACAAGGCAGAGAGGAGAGUGAAGGGAUCCCUGUUCAUGGAGCCCAACUUUAUUGAAGCCCCCAAGAAGAUCGACUACAGAGAUCUGGGAUAUGUGACCCCCGUGAAGGAUCAGGGCGAGUGCGGUUCCUGCUGGGCCUUCAGCACCACCGGGGCCAUGGAGGGCCAGCUGUUCAGGAAGGGCGGCAAGCUGGUGUCCCUGAGCGAGCAGAACCUGGUGGACUGCUCCCGGCCCGAGGGCAACGAGGGCUGCAACGGCGGCCUGAUGGACCAGGCCUUCCAGUACAUCAAGGACAACGGCGGCCUGGACACAGAGGACGCCUACCCCUACCUGGGCACUGAUGAUCAGGACUGCCACUACGACCCCAAGUACAGCGCUGCCAAUGACACCGGCUUCGUGGACAUCCCCGAAGGAAAGGAGCGCGCCCUCAUGAAGGCCGUGGCUGCUGUGGGCCCUGUGUCUGUCGCCAUCGACGCCGGACACGAGUCCUUCCAGUUCUACCACUCCGGUAUUUACUUUGAGAAGGAGUGCAGCAGCACGGAGCUUGACCACGGUGUCCUGGUGGUCGGCUAUGGCUUUGAGGGUGAGGAUGUCGAUGGCAAGAAGUACUGGAUCGUCAAGAACAGCUGGAGUGAGAAGUGGGGUGAUGAGGGUUACAUCUACAUGGCUAAGGACCGCAAAAACCACUGUGGCAUCGCCACCGCCGCCAGCUACCCACUCAUGUAGACGGACCACUGAAUGCACCGACACUUUUAGACCACAUUUCGUUUUGAAAGGACCGCUCCUCCGUCUCACUGGCUCACUCGUGAAUUUCAGUAUUUUUUUUGGCUUUUUUUUCAUACAAAAAAGGAUACAAACAUGGAAGUUCGAAAACAUGCCAUGACGUGUUGGACUGAAAUGCACUAAAGUCUAAGGGAAUAAUGGGCCUGUUGAGUUGUGGAGCUAUGUGUUUUUUAGACUCCUGCUUUUAACGGCUGCUACCAUGUCUGAGCCCCCGCAGGUUACUGCUGCAGGGUUCAAUGUUUGUUUGAAAAAAACACACACUGUUUUAUUGAGGGAAUUAACUUUUUUUUUUGGUUAUUGUGCCACCUUGAUUUUUAGGUUUUAUAAAUUGUUUUAUGUAAAUAUGUGUACUUCAUACUACAGAAGUGUCUUUUAUCUGUCAUAGGCCUGUGUAUAAAUUGUUUUCUACCUCUUAGCACGGUCAAUUAAAGUUUUAAAAACUUAA